CGCUCUCAUUGAGCGCCAAUAGGAAGGUGGAACAACAGGUAGGCGUCCUCUAACUGCGUCUACGGCUCAGUCAGUCGGUGAUUUUCGGGGAAACAAGUGGAGCCGAGCAGACAAUGAGCUCUCUUGGGAAUGAGACAGAUCUUCUCCCAGUGGUUUCUUAAUGGUUUGACAGUUUCUUGUGAGAGAAGACGGGCUGUUUUAUUGUGACUUUCGGCCUCUUUCGGCCCCUUUCGGGCUCUCUCGGGCUGGGAAACACUACAGAGACAGACUGAAAGGCUCUCUGGUUAAUUGAUUGGGAACAUCUCAAUGUGGAUACAGCGCCGAAGUUGCCAUAUUGCCAUCACCAUUAAAAUCUGUCCCUCUGGGAUAUAGAGAGGACACAGUGAGACACAGCUGAUCCGCAGAGGUCAGACGCUCUCUGACCCAGAUCCCCUGCAGGAGGACAUGGAGGUCCUGCGUCGGUCCUCUGUGUUUGCUGCAGAGGUCCUGGAUGUGUUUGACCGGUCGUUGACUGAGAAGGAGCUGGUGUCCCAGUCUAAAGCCUUGUGCAGAGACUACAUACUGUCCAGACUCAACCAGAAUGGACUCGGAUGGUCCAAAACUGAACUCAACUUCUCUCCCUCAAAUGCAGCGCUGGCUGAGAUGUCUUUGGUGCUUCUCUGUCUUGGCGACGAGCUGGAGUGUAUACAGCCCAGCUUGUACAGGAACGUGGCGCGGCAGCUCAACAUUUCUGUUGCCAUGGAGAGCAUGGUUUCAGAUGCCUUCAUCGGCGUGGCAACAGAGAUCUUCUCAACAGGUAUAACGUGGGGUAAGGUGGUAUCCAUGUACGCAGUCGCCGGAGCUCUGGCAGUGGAUUGUGUUAGACAAGGACAUCCAACCACUGUUCAUAUCUUAGUGGACAGUUUGGGUCAGUUUGUCCGCAAGUUUCUGGUUCACUGGCUGAAGAGACGGGGAGGAUGGGCGGAGAUCACAAAGUGUGUGGUGAAGAAGGAUCUCACCCCCGAACACCACUGGCUGUCCUCUACCAUGGAGUCCCUGAAGUACUUCCUCACUACGGUGUACGUCUACAUAAUGAAGGAACCGUGAACGGCCGAGACAGAGCGCACAGGAGGAGUCGUCAUCAUUGUUGGAUAGGAGAUUAAAAUCUCAGACUUGUCAAUAAACGAUGGUGUGGGAAUGGUCGCUGUGCUUGAUGGAGACUGAGCCUGCCAGCAGAUAUCAGUCUGUCGCUGAAUGGCCAUCAGCAAAUAUUUCAUGAGCAUCAUGUUUGUGUUAUCAGAUAAGUCUGUCAGUGAUUGCCCUUCAUCCAAAGAGUAGUCACCGUGACAUUUAAGAGCAUAAAUGGCAAUGGAACAAGUUUGUGUCACUCCACCUCUUCUGCAUAUUUUCACACUGCUUACACCGGUGCAGUGCACCAGGCUUCUCCAGUGUUGUGGCUGUAACGUAUGACGGUGUUUCAGGUUGAAUGUGAGCAACGUGAGGCUGUUUGCACUCCUGAGAUAAAACAGUUCAAUGCUUUCAUGUGACGUUUGUCUCCGAAAAUAUACCUGAAGGAGAAAUGACGGCGAAAGCCAUGUUUGUAAUGAUGAUUGAUGCUCAGCUGGCUGGGUCUUAAUAGAUAUCAGAUGAUGAAGAAAGGCGUUUCUCUCACGAGUGAUUUUACACUUUAGAGAUGGAUAUCAGGUGGUAUCAACUGCUUUCACUUCAUGGGCUUGAUUUACAUUAUUGUCAUUUACCAAAGCACAAAUGGUGUCUCUUUCCAAAUAUGAUCCAAAAUGUUGUGACCAAUUUUGCAGUUUUAGACACUGUUGACCAAGAAAUGUUGGGUCUAAUUUUGCCCAUUUUUGGCCAAAGACCUUAAGGACAGAAGAGUAUGUGCUGCAUCCACAUAUUUUGGUGGUACUGAUUUCCUUUUUAACCUGUAAAUAGCUUAUUUAUUUUUUUAUUUGAUUAAGACUUUAACAGUUGAAGCCACUGCAGUAUAAAAAAACGCCACUACAACGGCUCUUCGGGAUGAUUGUGUAGUAUGUUUGAUGGUUGUCACUUUCAGUAUUAAUUUAUAAAUUGUGUCUGAAUGUUUUUUUAAUCCAUAAUAAACUUAAAA